GAAGCAGCCAUGCCUACCGGGGGGGCCAUCUUCCAGUCCCCCGACCGCUUUGCGGUGUCUGCGGCGGCGGAGGACAAGGUGCGGGAGCAGCAGCCGGACGUAGAGCGCAUCUUCAGCGUAGUUGUGAGUGUCCUCCCCAAGGACUGUCUGGAGAAUCCUCACAUCUGGCUGCAGCUUGAGGGCCCCAAGGAGAACGCUAGCAGAGCCAAGGAGUACCUAAAAGGCCUCUGCAACCCUGAGCUUCAGGAGGAGAUCCACUACCCGCCCAAACUGCACUGCAUCUUCCUCGGAGCCCAGGGCUUGUUCCUGGACUGUUUGGCCUGGACCACUACAGCCCACCUGGUACCCCAGGGACCUGGCUCACUGAUGAUCAGUGGGCUUACUGAGGCCUUUGUAAUGGCUCAGAGCCGUGUGGAGGAGCUGGUAGAGCGGAACCUGCGGUCAGUGCCAUCCCCUGGAACUUCUCAGUUUGCUUGUGUGCUGAGGGACUUCUCUGCCCUGCUGCAGCCCCGGGGGGAUGCCCACAAAGAGGCUCUGCUGCAGUUGGCCCCGGCUGUCCAGGAGGAACUACUGAGUCUGGUGCAGGAGGCAUCCAGGGGGCAGGAGCCACAAGCAUAUCCCUUCUGGGAGAGAGGGAGCCCAGGCCUGCUGGGUGCUCAGCUACUGGGAGUUGGAGGUCCCCUGAGUGAAGGCAGGGAGUCCCUGGACACUGGAUCUAUGGGGUGGGGAGAGUCAAGGGGAGAGAGAUAUACUAUGGAGAAAGAGGGAGGGAGACAGGGUGGUCCCAGGGAGAUGGAUUUAGGGUGGAAGGAGCUACUUGGGAAAGAGGCUUGGGAGAGAGAUGAGGCCUUCAGGCCACAGUCAGGGGGAGGAGAUGUAGGGGCAGCAGGGCCCCUGAAAGGGAAGGCCAUGGGGAAGGAGGGGUUGUCUCAGGAGAGAGGAGAGUUCUGUGCCCAGGGUGAGCCUUCUGGUGCCCAUGGCCUCUCUCAGAGGGCAAGUCAACCUCGGGGAGCCUCCCUCCUCCAGCGGCUCCACAAUGGGCAAGCCUCACCUCCGAGAGUGCCUAGCCCUCCACCUGCACCCGAACCCCCAUGGCACUGUGGAGAUCGAGGAGACAAGCAGCAGAUCAUGACUCGAGGUCGGGGGUCUCCAUGGAAACGGGGCACUCGAGGGGGCAACUUGGUGACUGGCACACAGCGUUUCCAGGAGGCCCUACAGGAUCCUUUCACCUUGUGCCUUGCCAAUGUGCCUGGUCAGCCAGACCUCCGCCAUAUUGUCAUUGACGGAAGCAACGUGGCCAUGGUGCAUGGCCUCCAGCACUACUUCUCCAGCCGGGGCAUUGCCAUCGCUGUGCAGUACUUCUGGGACCGUGGCCACCGGGACAUAACGGUCUUUGUGCCUCAGUGGCGCUUCAGUAAGGAUGCCAAGGUCAGAGAGGGUCACUUCCUGCAAAAGCUGUAUUCCCUCAGCCUGCUCUCCCUCACUCCCUCGCGAGUCAUGGAUGGCAAGAGGAUCUCUUCCUAUGAUGACAGGUUCAUGGUGAAGCUGGCUGAAGAGACGGAUGGGAUCAUUGUCUCCAAUGACCAGUUCCGGGACCUUGCGGAGGAGUCCGAGAAAUGGAUGGCAAUCAUCAGAGAGCGCCUGCUGCCCUUCACCUUUGUGGGAAACCUCUUCAUGGUCCCUGAUGACCCACUAGGGCGAAAUGGCCCAACCCUGGAUGAGUUCCUGAAGAAGCCAGUCAGGACACAGGGGUCUUCAGUGGCUCAGCAUCCUUCCAGGGGCAUUGCAAAACAUGGUAAUCAGCAGCAGGGGAGGGAAGAGGAAAAAGGCAGUGGUGGCAUUCGGAAGACCCGGGAGACAGAGCGGCUUCGGCGCCAGCUGCUAGAGGUGUUUUGGGGCCAGGAUCAUAAGGUGGACUUUAUCCUGCAGCGGGAGCCAUACUGCCGGGACAUCAACCAACUCUCUGAGGCCCUGCUCAGCCUCAAUUUUUGA